GAAAAUAACCCCUUGUCUCUGGUCGCUCAGCAGCUCUGCUUUCCUGGCAAUGCACGCGCACUUGCAUCCCGGCCCCGCCACCCUGAGAACACCGUCCGUGCCCGUCCCGCCUUCUCAAUGAAUUCCGUCUCGCCUGCCUCGGUGCAGUACGUCAGCCAGGACGAGCUGCGCCAUUCAGAUGGCAGGAAGCUCUUUAACCCCAGGGCCGGGGGCCAGGAUGGGAGCUGCAAUGGGCUGUUCCCGGGGGGAGCGCAGAGCCGCCAGCCCAGCGAACCUGAUGAGGUGGACAAGAUCAAGAACAAGCUCCUCUCGGCCUGGAACAACGUGAAAUACGGAUGGACGGUCAAGACUAAAACCAACUUCAGCAAGCUGUCCCCCAUAUACCUCUUCGGCCACGUCUAUUGCUUCGAGGUGGAGGAGGACGUGGAGCGGUUCCAGAAGGACUUUGCCUCCCGCAUCUGGCUCACCUACCGCCGGGAGUUCCAACAGCUGGAGGGCACCAUGUGGACCACAGACUGCGGCUGGGGCUGCAUGCUGCGCAGCGGGCAGAUGAUUCUCGCCCAGGGGCUCCUCAUGCAUUUCCUCGGCAGGAACUGGACCUGGCCCGACGCCUUGUUCACCACCAGCCUAGUGGAGAUGGACGCCAUGAAGCCCAUCUCUCCCGCCCGGCCUGGCAGCGCCGGCCUGCAGCAGCUGCCUGCCCUCGCUGUGGACAGAGGCAGGGACCCCUGGGGCAUCUGGGCCCCGCUGCGCCCCCUCAGCCUGCAGGAGCUGGAGAAGGAGCACAGACACCGCACCAUUGUCUCGUGGUUCGCCGAUCACCCGCGGGCACCCUUCGGCAUCCACCGGCUGGUGGAGCUGGGCAGGAGCUCGGGGAAAAAAGCCGGGGACUGGUACGGCCCCUCCAUUGCUGCUCACAUUGUCAGGAAGGCGGUCGAAGGCUGUUCGGAAGCCAGUGGCCUGGCUGUCUACGUAUCUCAGGACUGCACAGGAUCUUCUGAAGCUGGAGCUCUGCAUUGGGAUCAUCGGUGGGAAGCCCAAGCACUCACUCUAUUUUGUGGGCUACCAAGACGACUUCCUGCUGUACCUGGACCCCCACUACUGCCAGCCCUUCGUGGACACCACCAAGGAGAACUUCCCCCUGGAGUCGUUCCACUGCAGCUCACCCCGCAAAAUAGCCUUCAGCAAAAUGGAUCCCAGCUGCACCAUCGGCUUCUAUGCCCGCGACGGGCAGGAGUUGGACACACUGUGCUCAGAGCUGACCAGGGUGCUGAACUCCUCGUCGGCCAAGGAGAAGUACCCCAUGUUCACGGUGACGGAGGGCCAGGCGCAGGAGUACGGGCUGGCGGAGCUGUGCUCCCGCUUCUCCCAGCAGACCGUGCAGCUCCCCAGGCGCAGCAAGCCCAAGGUGGCCACCUCGGACGAGUUCGUCUUCCUGUGAGCGGGGGAGGCCGCUCCCCCCUUAUUUAUUACUUAUUUAUAGAGACACGGCGGGGGCCAUGGGCUGCCCUGCCCACCAUGUCACAACACUGACGGUGCAGCAGGGGACGCUGGGACAUGGCUCGAGGGCUCCCCCGGUGGGGACAGGCAGCUGGUGAAGGAUGUGCCGGCGAACUGGAGCGCCCCCUGCUGCACGCUGUGAUUUACACUGGAAUAAAUCCCUGGCACGCGGGGGAGAGCGGUGCCCACA